AUGAAAAGGAAGCAGAAGGUCGACUAAUUAGAAUAGACUGUUAUUCAAAAAAAAAUCAAGAAGGAUGUUGGAAAACCAAUUGGGUUGUUGAAAAUUAAUAUAAAACUUCCAGAUAUUUGGUCUGUUUCAAAUAAAGAGGUUCAAUUAAUUACCUUUUUAGUCAAUUAAGGAAGGCAUGUUUGCCUACACUCAGCAGUAUUAAACAAGGACUUAAAUAAAAAAAAAGUAAAUUCUAUUGAAAAAGACAGUAAUGCUCACUUCUCAAUAGAUGAAAAGGAAUUGUAUGAUAAAAUCGAGGUUGCAGCUAAAUUUUUAUUUGAGUGGAAUUGCUCGAAAAGGAAUGUUGUGUAUUUCUUUAGGAAUGAUAAUCACUUCAAAAUUAAGUAUAAAAAAUCAACUCUUAAAAAUGAAUAAUGGACUAAAUUGUUAAAGCAUAUUAAAUUUUUACUAAAUGAGAAAUUUUAUGAGGAAUUGCAUAUGAUUUUAGAAUAAUUUGAAAAUAACGUCACAGAUGAGGAGAUUGGAGAUUUUUUGAUUUCUAAAUCAUUAAUUGGAUAAUUAUCUGAAGUUCCAUAAUUGGUUUAGAAUUGCUUCAUUUUAUUGAUUAAACAAAAUAAAAUAUCCAUCUAAUAAUCAUAAAUAACUGCAAAAUUCUUAGAAUAAUUAAAGAGUACAUUCUUGAUUUCGAUAUAAUAAAAUAGACAUCUUCUUUUUUAAAGUAUAGGAAGCAUAAGAAAUAUUAUGUAUGACAAUUGUUAAUCUGAAUCAUACAUUAGUGAUUCCAACUCUGUAGAUUAUGAUUUGAAUCAAGAAAUAUUUUUUAAUUCAACAUCCUAUUGA